CAGUCCAGUUUGAUUAGCGCGGGGGCCGGACGAGCAAUGAAAGACCUGUUCACAGCCAUUACCAAGAUUCCUUUAUCAAUGUCUAGUAAUUAAAAUGUCACCACUUAAUUUUCAGGCCAUGGUGAGCCUCUUGUAGCAAUCUUUUCCUAAUAAAAACAGUAAUCGAAACGCUAUUUUCACUCGAAACAAAAAGGUUGCGGUAUGCGACUCGAGGGUGUCAAGGCGACAGAGAUCAAUAUGAGAGAAGCUGAUUGAUCUCGCGCUAAAGUGAAAUUUAUUGGGGUCGUGCUUUUAUACUGCGCGGAUAUAGCGACGACUGUAGAACACUGCUUUUCAGCUGAUGCGUUUAUUAAACCUCUCUUGCUGAAUUAGUCUGUCUUUGAUUUAUGUGCCAAUCUUAGCAAUGACCUCCAGGACAAGAUCUCUUAUAUUUUCUAAAAGUGGUUCCGUCUUUUUUUCUCAUCUGAACUUGUUAAUGCGUUCUUUGAAUUGAAUGAGCUUCUUCGUAAAAUAAAAUUAUACAUUUGGUUUAAGAUAGCCACCACAAAAAAAAGGUUAUUGCUUAAGUUAUAUAGCCUAGACUUAAGAUGUUGUGCCAUAUUUAACUGAAAGUUUUUUUUUUUUUAAUUCAACCUAAAAUCGCGGUGGGAAUAAAGAGAUGCCUGAUCUCAUGGUCAUUGCCUUUAGUUCUCUAAAACGGCAACCAGAUGGCAUCAGUUCAGACUGUCCUGUAAGGGUGUCCGGGGCAGCUGAUGAUGGCAUUAGUCUUCUUAGAGGACAUCCAUUUAAAAAUAACUAAAGACUCCAAUCAUACCGACUACUCGUUCUUUAGUCUAUUUUAUUACAAAGACUCAGAACCAUUUGUCACCACACACUGACAGAUUAAAGCUAUAGUUUACUUAUGCGGUAAUAUGGUAAAUCCUGCUAUUGGACUAUAGGCCUUGUUUUAAAUAUCCUCCCACCAUAUUAGCACAACUUCAUGGCACUAGUUAUUUUUUAAUAACACAUUUAAUCCUAAUGUUAUGCAAAAAGAUCAUAUGCAGGGCGCUAUUUAAUCAAGACGUUUUUUCCCAAUUCUUUCUUUCAUACUCAGCAACUGGCCUAUAAAGUUUCUUUAAUUAGUUUACUCAUGCCCGUGUAAUAUAAUAGCCCGUAUAUUAAUGAGCCAAUAAUGGCAUAUGUCGUCCUGAAACACAAUAUUUAUCGUAUUGAUUCAACCGUUAUGUAAAAACAAUCAUCGAUUAUUUAAUAGCAUGUCAGAGAGGUUACUAAGCACAUCAAGUUUAAUACAAAGUAACCUGGUUGGUACUCAAAUUAAUAGGGCAUGGUAAUAUAGACAACUUUUAAAUUAAUAUAAAUGCAUUUUUCUUAGAGAGAUUUUAAUAUUGUGAGGAGGUACAUUAACGUGAGUGUGAGUUCAAAGGGAUGUUCUCAUAAAUGAUGGCAGGAUGGCUUGUUUAAAGACGGGUGUUGUGUAGCUUUACCUGCUCGUGGGAGGGUCCAGUCUUGUAGGACAUGUGAGCCCCUGUCUCCCCGCCAUAAACGCUAACAGUGCUGCAUUGAGUCUGACCACUAAAUAAUUAACAAGAAAGGAAUAAUUACAGAAUAAAAUUGUAAUUAUUGCUGGGCCAGAACGAAGCUUCUUGGUUGUGAAAGGAGACACGGCCAGGCAGAUCUGGUUAAAGUUUCCCUUCCUAUUAAUAUUGAAUUAGGUUAAGCCGUGGUCCCUUGGUCACAGGACAUACUGAGCAUCGCUUGACAGAUUUUUAAACUUUCCCAUUUGUUUUCAACUCUGUAAUGAAUGAUAUAAGCUAACUGUACAUUCUGCUUUUAAAACGUAUUUAUUUAGUUUCAUUUAAUUAUUGCUCGAAUAUUUUUAUUUUUUUAAACGCAUCCAUUUAUCCUACUUGUGUCAAAGAGCCUAUUAUACAACCUAUCCGUAGCCUACAGAUACAUGUUCAGUUAAUGCAAAAUACACUUUCGCUCGAAGGCAGUUCUGAUGUAAUAGCUCUGCUGAGAUGAACCAUUCCUCGAAGGCAUUUUUGGACAUUAUUAGGCUAACUAAUUGAUUCGGGUAAUUGUUAACAUUUUAUAUAAUUAAUUACAGUUUAAUCAAAAAUCUUUUUUUUUUUUUGAAACCUUAACGAAAGACGGCAGGUAAUAAAAUUGCUGUAAAAUGUGGAAUAAUUAAAAUAGGUUGGAAAUAUUUUACAAAAUAACAGGUAAAUGAAAAACAAGAUAUAUCAGCUAUUUAAAACAGACUAGUGAAUUUGUUUUGCGUUGUUUUUAAGCCGGUGUCAAACCCUCAUACGUGGAAGACGCGCACUAAACGCGUGACUGAAGAUGCCAAAACAUUUCUGAGAGAAUAACACAUUUCCACUGUCGUAUUCCAAAGUAGACGGCACAACUUUGCCCGGUUCGAUAUUGAUAUCUUUACGUCAAGACAUAGUGGGGUUAACUGAGGGGCAUUGAUCAGGUUUUAAAUAGUUAAUACGGCCAUAUAAGGUUGCACCACUUACCUCAGUCCAUUGCUCUGAUAUAUCACUGUUUGUACACACUAGCCGCUCUCACUGGCUGGUGUGUUUAACAAAUGUGCAUCAUUCACCAGGAGACAUGUGACGUAAAAUGCGAUGACCGCGAGCCUCUAAUAGCAGUUUAGACUGCGUGGCCUGUGGACAUGUUGCCUAGAGGAAAUGUUCAAUGCAAAUUUAUAAUGAUAUAUUGUUUGGUUUCCGAAGUGUCAUUCAAACAUGAACAUUAAGUUCUAAAAUUCAUGGGAAACAUAUUAGUCUCUGAGAAAAAGACACAGGUGUACAUGAUAUGAGUUGGGGGGGAUAAGCAACAUAAUUUACCGUUGUUCAUUGUUCAUGAACAAACCCAUCUAUUCCGCCUUUAUUCAUGCGCAAUCGUCUAUGCAAAAAAAAAAAAAAAAAAAAACGCUUAAAUUACAUUUAGUACCCUGUUUUUGGCGGCAUAUCUAUCUAUCUAUCUAUCUAUCUAUCUAUCUAUCUAUCUAUCUAUCUAUCUAUCUAUCUAUCUAUCUAUCUAUCUAUCUAUCUAUCUAAAUUGGCAGUGAUCUUUGUUUUGGAGUAGGCUAGUGGAAGCAAACGGUUAAUACCAGAAUCGGAUUUGAUCUCAGUGGGUGUGCCUUUCUUAUUCUUUUUGGCGUUCCCUCUCUUGAAGUAGAUUGCGCAGAACCUAUUAAGAAGAGGCACGAGCUCCGGGACUGCCAUGUGGUCACUCGGCUCGCGCUCCCGUCACCACGCACGAGAGCUGAGUGGGAUGGAAACUCUAAAGCUGUUUUGAGAGGGAAGACUCUAUCCAGCCUCGCAGUUCUCAUCACACACUACAGACGGACGCUUUUUUUUUGGUCCUUCUUGUUUUAGGCCUGUUAAUUUGACGCAAACACACUCGCUCAUCUGACUCCGUUUCCUCAUAAAAAGACUUCCAGGAAUGGAGUCGAUACCCGGUCAGCUUUCUACGGGACGAGAUGCUUGCUCUUCCCCCAACUCAAAGCAAGAACUGCAGCCUUAUUCUGGCAGCAGCUCGCUGAAGCCAAAUCAAGUGAGUGAGACCGCGCUGUACGGAGUGCCCAUCGUCUCUUUGGUCAUCGACGGUCAGGAAAGACUGUGUCUGGCGCAGAUUUCCAACACUUUGCUGAAAAACUACAGCUACAACGAAAUCCACAACAGACGCGUGGCGCUUGGAAUUACGUGUGUGCAGUGCACACCGGUGCAGCUGGAGAUCCUGAGGCGCGCGGGGGCCAUGCCCAUCUCCUCGCGCCGCUGUGGCAUGAUUACCAAACGCGAGGCCGAGCGCCUCUGCAAAUCCUUCCUCGGGGCUCACAACCCUCCCAAAUUACCCGAGAAUUUCGCUUUCGAUGUUUCACACGAGUGCGCCUGGGGCUGCCGAGGAAGCUUCAUACCUGCGAGGUACAACAGCUCUAGGGCGAAAUGCAUCAAGUGCACCUAUUGUAAUAUGUAUUUUUCACCCAACAAAUUUAUAUUUCACUCGCACCGCACACCUGAGUCUAAAUACACACAGCCGGACGCGGCUAAUUUUAAUUCAUGGAGACGCCAUCUAAAGCUCACCGACAAAAGCUUGUCUGAUGACAUUUGUCACGCGUGGGAGGACGUCAAGGCCAUGUUUAACGGCGGGAGCCGGAAGCGGGCGAUGCCAGGGAGUGGAUCCGAAAUGUCCUCCCCGCUCAAACCGCAGGCCUCUGGUAACAUCACGCAGACCUCUUCCCCUGACAUUCCUCACAAAACUUUGCGCUGCGACGACGACCGUGGUAACCUCAGUUUAACCAACAGCGUGCGUAACUACCCGAUCAUUCCUGUGCCUAGUAAGAGUUUCGGCAUGCUCCAGAAGAUCCCGCCACCCAUAUUCCCGCAUCCGUAUAGUUUCCCAGCAUUUGGACUGUGUCAAAAGAAGGAUGAUGGAGUUGGGGAGCAGAAUAAGACUAAUGUACCUGGUGUGUUCUGGCCCGGUGCGAAGGACGGUAUCUAUCCAUCGUUCCCCAUGUUUUGGCCUACCACGGGCAGCCUGCCGCUCUCAUCCUAUCAACCGGCGCAACUAAAGCCACACACGGAGCUCAUGAGUGGCCGGCAAACCGAAGCAGAGAUGUCAGAAAGCGAGCGGGGAGGAAACACACCUAGAGACAGUCUGUUCGACAGCGAGCGCUGCUCCAGCUCGCAGUCCUUAAGGAACGACGAGGACAAAUCUGGAGACGAGGCCAGGUCAAGUGAGGGUCAACCCAGCACCCCCAGAAAGUUGAGCUAUAUUUCUGCGUUCAGACCGGUCGUUAAAGAUGCGGAAAGCAUAGCUAAGCUCUACGGGAACAGGGACGCGUACAGCGGAGCUCACCCUGGCCAUUUGUCGCCAGACUUCGUUAGUGAGAGCUCCAGCUACAGAUCAGCAUCUCCGUGUGUGGAUAGCGGCGAAGAACCUGACGUCGACGUGGAGACUCACAGAAUUCCAGAUGAUGAGGAGUCUAUACAACUUUCCGUGGAUGACCGGCAAAGUCCCGUGGGUGAAAACAGUCGAACGCCGCGGCCGGACGAUGACCAGAUAGCCGCUUUCAGUGACGCGGGCUCCCCUGAACAGAAGCACAACAAGCAGGUGGCAAAGAAGAAUGAUGCCAUUGCUUACGAUGUGUACUCAAAUGAAAAGGAGGGAGCAUCUCUUCAAAGCACUCUGCCAUGUUUGGCCUCUAAACUUCCUCGCGGCGCGCCCGAAAUAAAUGAUUCACACAUUUCAACUGACGACGAAUGUGAAUCACAAAAAUCCUGUUCGGACCAAAUUAGCGUUAGCAAAGAGAACCCAAACGACGCUGCACUGAGAAGAGCUGAUAACAGAUUUAAUUUCGAGAAAGACAUCGAAAAUAUGGCGAAAGAGGAGCUCCAAAAGCAGCUCUUGGAGCAAGUGGAGUUAAGAAAAAAACUGGAACGGGAAUUUCAGAGUUUGAAAGAUAAUUUUCAGGAUCAAAUGAAGAGGGAACUGUCUUAUCGAGAGGAGAUGGUCCAGCAGCUGCAGAUUGUACGAGACACAUUGUGCAACGAGUUGGAUCAGGAGAGAAAGGCUCGUUAUGCAAUUCAGCAGAAGCUUAAAGAAGCUCACGACGCUCUUCACCAUUUCUCCUGCAAAAUGCUCACUCCACGCCACUGCACAGGGACCUGCACCUUUAAACCGCCCCUCUUACCACCUUAACUUAAAGCUGCAUCCCAGUGUCAUCUGUAAACCUCCCCUAAAGGAAUUCUCCAUUCUCACUCUGUUUGAGAGGUUCAAGUUAAGCACACUGAGGACUGCUGAAUCACAAUCCAUCCAAAGUUUUCACUGGCAUUUGAACAUUCUACUGUGGAUGAAAUUGUCUAGGAUUACUUAAGGAAAACAGAGUAAAACAAAUCAGAGGAUUACAAUAAACACUCAAAUAAUACUGUUACUUGUAAAUAGGUUGAUUUUUUUUAAACAAUACAAAAUACAUAAUAUGUGGCAAUGUGCAAUGAACUGUAUAAUGUGAAAUUUCAUAAACUGGAAUUGAUUAUUCUCAUUAUUUAUGUGUUUUUACAUGUAAUUGUUUUUCUCUAAAUGAAUUCACUGAUGUGCUAUCCCAAAUUAAUUGUGUAUCAUCGAUAUUAAGCACUUUAAAUAAGCAACAUUUCAGACAAAAUAUAUCCAAAAUGAUUCAACCCAAAAAUUAUUCAAAAUCAGCUGUACUUCAUAUUAAUGUACAAGUUUGAACAAGCACUUACCCCAUAUUUCCCAAAUAAACAAUUGAGAAUACAGCAAAAGUUGUUAUUCCACAUCAAAGUGCUCAAACUAAAUGUCAUAAGACCCCUGGAGUGUUUAUUUUCUUUUCUUUCUUUCUUUCUUUCUUUCUUUCUUUCUUUCUUUCUUUCUUUCUUUCUUUCUUUCUUUCUUUCUUUCUUUUUUCCUUCUUUCUUUCUUUCUUUUUUGGUCAAAAAUAAAUUGUUCUCUUGCCUCAUUCUUCAAUAAAAGUUCAAUCAAAGCCACAA